AUGGGAAAGAACCCGGAGAAGGACAGCGACCCGCAUCUGGAUGAUAGGCUGUCGAGGGGCCUUGCGUCGGUGCUGCAUGUGGGCAUGGAGGAGGUGGCUGAAGAGCCGCACCUCUCCAUCCCCGUUUUAGAGCUCUCGCUGGGCUUCCUUCUAGAGGACCAGCCGCGGGGAGAGCUGGAGGAGGCGAUAGGGCGGGUGUGGGAGGGUGUGGGGCACUUUGUGGGCGCGGUGCAUGGGGAGGUGAAGGAGGAGAUGGAGCGGCACAGCCGCGUGGACGAGAGAGUGCUGGCUGUGGUGGAUGGGCGGUUCAGACAGGCUGUCAGUGUGGCUGAGGCUCUCGACGUGUGA